CAAUAAGUGCUGAUUUAGCUAAUCAAGCUGCUAAUACUGAUAGCGAUAGCUUCUGAGAUGUAUGUUUGUUGGCUGGUUGUUUAUGGUUCUGCUUGCCCCCUGCUAUGUUACAGACUGUUCCACUUGGUAAAGGACCUUUAGUUUUCUUUACCUGACAUGCACCAAUGUAAUAAGCCAGCUGGUCUGUUCAAAGUGGAAGGAAGAAAUGAUGUGAUGUUAUUUUAAGCUCCACCCAAAAACUGUUGCAAGGACUGGAGCUUCCACUAUUCCCCUAGUGAGCUGUGUCUUCUUUGCAUUUGCAGAUAUAAAAUAUCAAAAGUCCCAAACAGAUGAAGUGACAAUAGGAAAUCUGAGAGAGGGAGAGACUGCACAUCUCUUACAAUUCAACUAUAACUACACUGAUAGAAAAAGAAUGAGGAGAUGGCUCGCCAGCUGGUGGAGCUGGGAUUCCGGGGAAGCGGUGAGGUUCUGAAAAGGGAAGAGUUUGAAGCAAGGAAAGCAGCCGCAGAGGCUUCACGGCUCUCUGAAAGAACCCAGCAAAAGGUACCUCUUCAGGACUCAAAAGGCCAAACGUUAUCAAGUGCAGGAAAAGAACUGAAGGAUAAUUUUCUGAAGGCAUUGGCAGAAAGGGAGGAAGCCAACUGCAAUGGGAAAAUGGCAUUCUGUUUUUUCCAGUCCAUAAUCUUCAUUCGUGACCGAAAUUCUCGUGGUCAGGAGGUGUCCGCCUACAUUGAUUAUGCACACAGGCUGAAGAUUGAUGAAUUUGAAAUUUAUUUUAAUGGAAAGAAAAAGCUUUUUCCAAGACGCACUGAUCUGAGCUUUUACAACUGGGAUAGAAAUGUCAGCACUUCAAAUGCCAGUCCAAAUUACCAAGUGAUUGCCGAAAAUGCAUGUGGAUUACUCUUCAAGAACAAAUGUGAUAGGAAAAUAGUCAAUGUGGAUCCCAAGGCUUACCCAGGAGACAGCACAACUCGGACACCUAUUGAGACAGAUCUCUACCUCCAAGUAGUCAUCUAUGAUCAUAUCCUCAGAAGAAAGACCUAAACACCAGCUCAUUGGUUCUUCCCUCAAGCAUCAGUUUACCAACUUUUAUUCUAGCUGUAAGAGAAAUAAAUCAGUUUGAAGAGAUCUUUACCAUGUGUGAAACUGAUCUUCCAGUAGAAUGGGAUGGUGACUUUUGUUCUGGGUUAGGCUACUUCAGGGAUGCCGAGCAGAAGGAGACCCUGCACCACCAUGCCCCUGGGAAGUAGUGGAGUGCCAUCACAGCCAGUGCACUCCCCAGAUCACAAAUACUGCCCUUUCCUAGUGCCCUUGAGGCACAUGACAAUGCAAAGGCAAUUGGAGUGAAGAGGUGAGGUCAUGGUCCCAUCUCCUUCCCAUUUCACACAAGCCAUCAGCUCUGGCUGACUACGUGGGGGAGUACAGUAGCAAGAACAUUACCAUGUAUAGCAGGAGGUUCCGAUUCCUGCCUGGAGCUCCCCCUUGAACAGUGUGGCUCCCCUACACAGAGCUGUGCCUCUGUGGCACAAUUGAUCCCCUAGUGACCACUCUGAGGGCCACCCCCAGGACUCACUUCAUUUACCACUGAAAUGCAGCCAGUCUUGGGUGAAACCUAUCUGUGCAUAGCAACAUCACACAAUCUCUUAGAUCUGUAUUGCCGCAGUAUAUUUCAGAUAAGCAACAUACAUAAUAAUCUUAAGGCCUUGUGGAAUAUUGUUAGUAUCACAUUUAAGGUUUUAUCCCCAAGUUGUUGGGGUUUUUUUUCAAUAUUUAUCACAAGUGAAUUAGAUUUUUUAUGUUGUGUAUCUUAAUCAUCCAAAUAUAAAAUCUUUUGAUGCAUUUUAGCUGGUAUAAAAGUUUGGCAAAAUGAUAUUACUGGGCUAUUGCUAAUUUUACAAUAAAAAUCUGUGGUCUAUGUGA